AACCUCGAAAAUAUCGAAUAGGAAAAUGCGCAAACAAUAAAUGCUAGAGUUGCUUGUGUCGUAAGCGAUGUGAUACAUCAGUAAGUAAGAUUCAAUGCGUUGUACAUGAUUAAAAGAAUAAACGUAACAAUCAUGUUGCUGUCUCAUGUUUAAAAAUAGCGCAUAAUUGUUUUCCAGUUUAAAUUAUAUAUGUUUUUCAGUACAAAUCGAUAUACCGACGCUAUUUUUAAACUGGGAUUGAGGUGGUUAACGAACCCAGUAAAUUUCGAAUGGGAAAAAUGCGCAGAAGCUGUGAAAGAUGCGUGUGUCGUAAGCGAUGUGGUAUACCAGUUGGAUUCAACGGAAACAAUCAAUUAUAUUACAAACAGCCACGAAAGACCAGAAAACAAAACUUAAGUUUCAAGCUUACAAAACUUUGAAAAUGCUUCCAGUCAGAAUGUUCUACAAAUUUGCUUGUACCAUUGCUGUAAUAGGGCACACUUUGGCGCUAGAGAAAUUUGAAUGCCACGGUACAUUGUGCAACUGGAAAGGUGAGGAACAGUUUUGCCAGGCGGCCUAUCCCUAUUGCAGGAAUUGCAAUGAUAUCACCGACGAUUGUCUCACAUUUACUGCCCCUAAAAACUGUUCGAACACAUGCCACGAAUUUCUGAAAACAAAAGCGCUGCAAGAACAAUCGAACAUCAAGUGUCCUCACUUGCCAAGUCUUCAAAAUGGAUCAUACAACGAAGAAGGACCUUUCAAACAUGGUCAAGUAGCAGUUGCAACAUGCGACCCUGGUUUUACACUCACCGGAGACAAAAGCCUCUUUUGUUUCGAUGGGGAAUGGAAUGUUUUGCCCCCGGUCUGCACAAGAGUCACCUGCGAUGAUCCACCUGCGUUGAUGGAUGGUAAGUGGUUCAUUGAUGAUCCCGCCCAAAACACAUAUGUCGCGCGUUUCCAGUGUAAUGCAGAGUUCGAUUUGGUUGGACCAAAAGAAGGGCAAUGUUCCUUGAAAGGUACCUUGGAGCCAGUAUCAAAAGGGCUCGGGACAAUCUUUCCAGUUUGUCAGAAGAAACAUCAGAUGAAUCAAGUUAUCUUUUAUAUAGUUGUUAGUGUAUCUGGUGUUUUGGCUACAGCUCUUGUCGUUUCGCAAGUAUGUCUAUGCUGCUUCAAACAAAAAAUACCGAUGAUGAUCUAUGAUAAACGAAAGCCUAAAAUCAGAGACGUUGAAACAGGCUAUGUACACAUUGAGAAAGAUAAUGUUCAGCAUGACAAAGAGUAUGACAAUGUCAAUGAAAGAGCAAAGCUCUUAGAAACAACGGAAGAAACUAAACUGGUAAAAUCAGAAAGAGACGAGGUAAGCCAACUGAGCGACGAAUCCAGUCACAAAGGAAGCGAUAACAGGAGGAGAGUGUCGGCUGAAAGUAAACACGGAGAUUUACGUAUUGACGUUAAUAUAUCUAAUAACCAAGCUGUAAAUUUCAAUGGUGAUACAGCCACAAAGCAAAACAAGCAGUCGAACAAUGAUCAUGACAAGGAUGAAGGUAAUAUCCCACAACCUGUGCACCAUGAUCAAUAUCCCACACAGGAAACUGAACAUUCAGAUGGCUGUGAACCAUCAGCUCCGGACAUUAGCUUGCUAAAUGACAGUGACAACGAAAACGACAGCAACAGUGUCAUAUACAAUGAAAUUAACGACAUUACCCGGGAUAUUGACAGGGAGGCUGAAGGUCUACAUGAACCAGUUGCCACCAUUUUAGCUGAUAACGCUGAUAUUCCUACAGCAAACAUUCCGUUUGAAGUUGAGCGAGGUAGAGAUGUAAGUGUGAUUGAUCAAAGACAAAACCCAAUUAGUCAAGAGACUGAACAGCAGUCUUCAAUUUCUAAAGCCAAUGUUUCCUUCGGAAACUCAAGCAUACCGGCUGUAGAUAUGUACAAACGUUGAAGCAAACCAGGUCUUAUUUUGUUCGAAAUUUAUUGAUAUCUGAGUUACUGAACAGAGAUGUCUCAAGUUAAAUCCUCGGUAUAUAGAUAUAGUAUUAUGAGGUAUCAAAAAAUGCGCACAUUUACAUACAGCAAUACGCUUUCAAUAUAUACAUUUAUAACGGUCAAUUUUCGAUUCCUGUCAAUAACAAUCUUUGAUAUUUCCUGGCGUCCUUAGAUCUUAAAGUAUAUUUAUUUGGUUCAUCUUUCCAUCAGGCCAAAAUAUGGCUACUAGACAAGUAAGCAAAAUUGAAUAUAAUACUUCGUGGUCAAUGGUUUAAUUACUGCAUUUAUUCAAUGCGAUUUUGUACAGAAUUCAAUGUUUAAGUUUUUCUGUGCCACUCAAUCGCCCAACGUCAACAAUUAUGACUUGUUUUUAAUAUUAGCUCAUGUCAAUUUAAAUAUCAUCUAAAAGAAACAGAACGUUUUAUUUCGUAUAAAUUAAUAUUUGUUUAAAUGAAUAAGGCGUUUGUCAAAUUAUUUUCAAAAAUAUCUACAAUGUACCGACAUCUAGCUAUAAUUUUGAUACACGAUUUCACUGUGUUUAACGGUCAACACGACCUGCUUUAAGUUAUGUUUUGAUAAGUCAUAAAGAAUAAACAAAUGAUAAUUUAGUAUACGACAAAGAUUCUUUAAGCAAGUGGACUUUAUUUGUUUUUGUACGGUAUUUUUUGACAACCUUCGUAUUUUGAAAAACAAAUCGCCUGUACCGUCUUCAGUCUGUGUAAGUUAUGCAAUUUAGAGAUUGUGCAAUAUUGAUAUAGGUAUCAAAUCUACGAAAUAGCUAGUUUUGUGUUGUUGUUUUUGGUUUGUGAUGUUUUGUUUAUGUGUUCCAUGUCUUUGGCGUUUACCCUUUGCCAUUAAACGAAGUUUUUGUUUCCUCAAGUUAAUGCAUACUUUCGUUAGAUUUACUAUUUACUUUUUUACUUUUUUCGGGAUUACCUUUGGAACGUUUUUGCAUUAGGUGCUUUGAAUUGUUUCCCUCCGUCUACAGAUAGAGUUGGGAUCUCUAAUCAUAGAAGUACUUGGGGUUUACCUUUACAUUUAUUAUUAUUUGUUUUAUAGAUGAGUUUCCUCAAGUUAAUGCAUACUUUGAUAAGAUUUACCUUUUGCGUUCUAUCUUUAUUAAGGAUUGUUGGGAUAAGAGUGAGGUUUGUGCACAUAAACUGGUUUAACCCCCAAGUAAAUUUACAUUUUACUGACAGUUCCAAGGCGGUACCUAACAGUUCUUGAUAAACAUACCUAUUUUUGUAUAUAUUUAGUAUGUAUGCACUGUGCUGUUUGUGGAGUUUUGUGCUGUUAUUCUAUGUUUCUUGUCUGUGAUAAUGUGUUCUAUGUCUUUGGCGUUUGCCCAGUGUCACAAAUUCGGGUUUAUGUUUAAACUUUUUUGCUACUGAGCUUGUUUCUGUAGUUUUUUGCAUAAAUAUUGUUAUAUAUUAUAAAGAGAGGUUGUGCGCACAAACUGGUUUAAACCCCCGGUAAAUUUACAUUUUACUGAUCGUUCCAAGGCGGUUCCUAACAAUAUUUAUGCAAAAAGCUGCAGAAAAAUAUACCUAUUUUUUUUACAGUAUAUAUUAAAUGUGUUGUAUGUUGAGUUUUGUGCUGUUGUUCAAUGUUUCUUGUGUGCGAUAUUUUUGUUUUUUUGUUUUCUAUGUCUUUGGCGUUCACCCUGUGCCAUUAAAUAUGGUUUAUGUUUAUACUUUUGGCUUCUGAGCUUUUUUGUGUAGUUUUUCACGUACAUAUUGAGCCAUUUUCGUUAUAUUUUUAUAACUAAAGACAGAACACACGAUAUUUUAAUUUAACAUCUGUAAGGCUCAUUAGUUAUCAUAACAUGUGUUUCAAGAACAAAUUAUAUUUCAUUUUAUUUUUUAAGUAAGCGGGGCUGAAAAUGAGUCCUUGUUAGCCUACUUGUUUAGUAUGUAUAACAACUGUACGUUAACAAAGUAUGUUGGAUUAUCUAUGUGCUUUUACAGACAAUCUGUUUUAUGUGCUUGUGUUUUUUUCGAACUUUGUUUAUUCGUUUUCUGCCUGGUAUGUAGGUUUUGAAAUUGAAACCUAACGCUUAACGUAGAAUCAAAUUUGAUAUGGCCUCAGAGGCGCAUAUUAUAGGUUGAUGCAUUUGUUUUAUUAGUUGAAUGCAUUAUCAUGACUUUCCUGUGUGACUGUUUGAUUCAAAAGCCAUUUGGUUGUGUACAGAAAAUAUCUUCCUUUAUGAUUGUUUUUAAUUUACGUAGCUAUACAUUAUCAUUUUAAGGAACGCGUCAAAAUGACCCUCUUCUAGUUUUUAUAUGCCAGAGGGUUUUACUUUCCGAACUAAUAAUAAUAAUAGUUGCAGAUUGUUUACAUGCAAGAAGUGUGUCCUAUUUUUUGCAAAAUAAGUAAGUGAAUAUGUAAGCACUAGCAUUAUGUUUAAAAUAUAUCCAUAGUCGAUUAUAAACGGAUCUGUUAUACUAGUAUAACAUAUUUGUUGCAGAGUAUAUUUAUCUUAGCAAGAGCACUUAGUAGCCGCGCAAGUUUCUCUUUUAAAGUUUUUGCUCGGAACACGAUUUGCUUGCCAAAGGCUUUAGGUUGGAAACUUCAAACACUGUAUUAUUCCCUGUAACACAAUACCUAUGUGGGUAACAUUUGGGAGUAAUAUGUGAACUGAUAAAAAACAUGCCAUUCUUACGACCAAAUAUCGAAUAUUUUUGUAAAAUAUAUAUGUUGAUGCUUCUCCGAUAAAUCGUCAUUUUGGUUACAGACUACGCAAUAAAAACUCGAUAUAUUAAAAGGACUUAACUGUUGACUAAAUACAUUUGUUUAUUUAACAAACGAUAAAUAAUAUCAUCAUCGUGCAUAAAAUAUUUCCGAGCGCGGGCGACCUCCUUUUUUAUUCAACAUGUAUCUACCAAUCAUUUUAAGUCGUAUUUCUUUCUUGUUUGUUUGCUUUUUUAUCUAUCGAAACCAUCUAUUUUGUGCAUGACUUUCUUAUUAAUUUUGUUGUUUUUGUUUUGUUUUAAGAGUGCCAAGUAUUUGAGUUAAAAAUGUGAUAGUUUAAUACGUAUUGAAAGAUACUGUUAUGCGUGAUCUCAUGUUUAUAUUAUUUAUACAUAUUUCUAUUUUCGUAGAUGUUUACCUCUUUUUUUCGUAUGUAUAUAUACCAUUAGCAUUUGCACUUGUAUCGUAAUUUAUUUUAUUAAAAUUAUAUAUUUCUUCAUGUA